GUCCAAACAGUUUUUGAUGGUAUCUGUUCUCCACAGAAUGAAGGGGAUGCAGGGACUAUGGUGUGGAAGGAACAGGAGGCCAGAGAGAAGGAAGUCAGUCAGAUAGGGGUCUCAGCUUGUGGAGCAACAGCUGUUAUAAAUACUUUGCUUGCGUUAGAUGUGCCAUUCACGACAAGUGCUGUGAAACUCCAUGUCGCUACAAGGCUGCGUGCUGAAUCAGCUCCACUUGUAGAGUACUUGAUGUCUCGCUGUAAUGCUGGGACAACACACGUGGAUAUGAUUAGAGGUCUUCAAGGUGCCUCGCAGGACCUCGUGUAUGCAAGGUUCUUUCAUAUGUAUCCACAGAGGAGUAUAUCACUCGUCAGCUGGCUAUCUCAUUGGAUUAGGAAAGGAGCAGUGCCAAUAGUAACUCUGAAUCUACAGCGCGGUGUGUGUUCUGGGGUGCCAAUACCUGACAUGUGGCACCAUCAGAUGGUACACGGUGUGAGUGGAAGGGGUGUACACCUGACCAACCCUCUGGAAGUGCAGACAGAGGCGAGGCUGUGGCCUCAGCUAGCUAGUCCAUCAGAGCUUAAAGUGAGACGAGAUGAUGUGAUGUCACGGUGGACCCCAGACAUUCCCCUCCAUCCCCUCAUUCAUCCCUCACUGCCACAGUGGAGGCGGUUCAAUGUGUUGGGCCAAGUGGUGAACAUGGUUAGAGAGGGCACCAAUAACAGUAGGAGUCAGUUUACACAAUACAUCACCAUCCCUGCCUCCUACAGUUCUGGUGUCACCAUCGCUCUGCUCCGUACCAACCCUGCCUACGAAGAGCUCAGGCUUGCUCCCGAGCUGCCAAUUGACCCCUUAGCACCUGUCUCCAGAUAAGUUUCAGAUAUUACUACAAGAUCCUUUCUAAGUGGAUUGACAUAAGGAAUGUGUCAUUUUUCCUACCUUUGUAUGAAUGGCAUCUAGCACCAAUAAACUUUUAUUUUUCUUAUAACCCGUGUUUGCUCCAAGAAAAAUUUUGUAUAAUUUAGCUGUUGGCACAACAUUUUUUGUGUAAUUUUGUAAAUUAGUGGCAUAUUUUCUUUAAAGGAUGUAUAUAUAUGAUACAAGUUGUAAAAUGUAUAUUUUAACAUUGUAAUAUUUUAAAUAAAACUAGAUUACAAACAA